UGGUAGCAAAAAGCGAACGUCAAACACGGAUUCCAAUUUCAAGGAAAUCGAGCAAAUAAUACAGAAAAAAAUUAGAAAAAUUGCAAAAUUAUAUACAAAACGCCUAAUUAAUAGAAGUGAAAGCUAAAUUUAGUCAAAGUAUUUGAUUAACUAGUCCUGAUUUUGUAUAAAUAAGGGCCAAACUAUUUAAGAAACAAAAAAAAUAGGUAUUGUGCAAAUAGCAAACAAAGAAAAUAAGACGCAUUUGAAAAAAAAAACUUGUAUAGCUUUUCUGGAGUGGGAGAUUAAUAAAAAUAAAGGAAACCCCGUUGGUUGAUUACAAAGAAAUCGGCCGAAGAAACAAAUCCAACCAUGUCGUCGGCGCCCUAUAAUUACAAUUAUAUAUUUAAAUACAUUAUAAUUGGUGAUAUGGGUGUGGGAAAAUCAUGUAUUCUACAUCAAUUCACAGAAAAGAAGUUCAUGGCCAAUUGCCCUCACACAAUUGGUGUGGAGUUCGGUACUCGCAUCAUUGAAGUUGAUGACAAAAAGAUCAAAUUGCAAAUUUGGGAUACAGCUGGCCAAGAACGUUUUCGUGCAGUAACACGCUCAUAUUAUAGAGGUGCUGCUGGUGCUUUAAUGGUAUACGAUAUUACCAGACGAUCCACAUAUAAUCAUCUUAGCAGCUGGUUAACCGAUACUCGUAAUUUAACCAAUCCAAAUACUGUGAUUUUCCUAAUUGGCAACAAAUCAGAUCUCGAGAGUACACGAGAAGUGACAUAUGAAGAAGCCGAGGAAUUUGCCAAAGAAAAUGGUCUGAUGUUCUUGGAAGCAAGUGCUAUGACCGGUCAAAAUGUAGAAGAAGCCUUUUUGGAAACUGCUCGUCGAAUCUAUCAAAAUAUUCAAGAAGGUCGAUUGGAUCUCAAUGCAUCAGAAUCUGGAGUACAGCAUCGUCCUUCUCAGCCUGGCCGAACCUCUUUAACAAAUGAGGUUCCAAAUAAUAAAGAUCAGUGCUCCUGUUAAAUGCCCCCCAACACAAACGCACAUACCAUCACACUUUGUUAAUAAUUAUUCUACAUUUUUUUCUUUUAAAGCGACGUUUUUUAACGUUUUUUGUUUUUUUUUUUUUUUGGUUGUUUAAAGGAAAAAGUGGUUAUUAAUUGUUUUUUUGUUCUUUCUUUUUUUGUAUGAUAUAUAUUUUAUUUUUCUAUGUUUCCCGCAUGUUAAUAUGUGUAGAAAAUGCACUAUAUUAUUAAUAUUAUUAUAAUUAUCAUUAUUAAAUAACUUAUUAUAUUAAGUAUAACGUGUAUUACAACAAAAACAGAAUAUUAGUCUAAAAUAUAUUUAAUAUAUAUAUUAUAAAAAAACGAAAUGAACCAUCAUUACAAAAAAAAACCUAGUGCUCGAACAAAAAUAUAAACUUUUUAGCUAAAAAUUAAUAAUUUUUCAUAUACAGACAGGUAUUAGACUUUGCCGUUAAUAAUAAAAACAGAACACAAAGACGUAAUAUCAACAAUAAAUGAAAAAAACAAAAACAAUUUACGGCAUUGCAGCAGCAACCCAUACAGUUUUAGAGUAUAAAAUCACUGAAGAUACAAUAUAUUCGUUAAAGAAGAGACUCUGAUUGAACAAAAAAAAGCAAAUUUCACAUAUAUUUCUUCAACAUAAAGAAUGAAAUUCCUUUUAUUUUUAUAUUUGAAAUUACUUGGAAAAAUUGAAUUUUUGUCGUGUGUUUGUCCAUUUUUCAUCUCAUUUUAAAUAUGAAUCAAUUGGAUUGAUCGGUCCAUUUUUAAAACACUUGAAAUUGGUAAUUUUUAUUGUUGGUAUAAACAUUGUAUGGCUAAGAUGAACAAAAAAAAAACAAACAAAACAACAACUACAAAAGUUAAAUAAAUGGUAGAUGUAGUAAGAAUCCCAAA